CGGGCCUGCAGAUGGCCUACUUCCUGCAGCGCGCUGGACGCGACUAUGAAGUGUUCGAGCGCGCCCCGCGGCCCGGCAGCUUCUUCACGCGCUACCCGCGGCACCGCAAGCUCAUCAGCAUCAACAAGCGGUACACUGGCAAGGCUAACGCCGAGUUCAACCUCCGCCACGACUGGAACUCUCUGCUCAGCCACGACCCCCGGCUGCUCUUCAGACACUACUCACGUGCCUACUUCCCCGACGCCCGCGACAUGGUGCGCUACCUGGGUGACUUCGCGGACACACUGGGGCUCCGUGUCCAGUACAACACCACCAUCGCCCACGUCACUCUGGACAAGGACCGACGGGCCUGGAAUGGCCACUACUUCAUCCUAAGCGACCAGAAGGGCCAGGUGCACCAGUGCAGCGUCCUCCUUGUAGCCACUGGCUUAUCAGUCCCCAACCAGGUUGACUUCCCUGGCUCUGAAAACGUGGAGGGUUACGAGACUGUGUCCACAGACCCUGAGGACUUUAUAGGCCAGAAUGUGCUGAUCCUGGGCCGUGGGAACUCAGCCUUUGAGACGGCAGAGAACAUCUUGGGUGUCACAAACUUUAUCCACAUGCUCAGCCGCUCCCGGGUCCGUCUGUCCUGGGCCACCCACUACGUUGGAGACCUCAGAGCCAUCAACAAUGGCCUGCUGGAUACCUACCAGCUGAAGUCCCUGGAUGGGCUGCUCGAGUCUGACCUGAGGGAUCUGGCCAUCCUGAAGGAUAGCAAAGGCAAGUUCCAUGUCACCCUGAAAUUCUUCCUGGAAGAAGCCAGCACCAACCAGAGUGCCGACGCCAUCACCCUCCCCCAGGACGACAAUGACAACUUUGCCAUGCGCGUGCCCUAUGACCGAGUCAUCCGCUGCCUGGGCUGGAACUUUGACUUCUCCAUUUUCAAUAAGUCCCUCCGACUUAACUCGGGAAAUGCAUUCGGCAAGAAGUACCCGCUAAUUCGAGCUAGCUACGAAUCCAAAGGAAGCCGGGGUCUGUUUAUCCUGGGUACCGCCAGCCACUCGGUGGACUACCGGAAAUCUGCUGGGGGCUUCAUCCACGGAUUCCGAUAUACAGUGCGUGCUGUUCACCGGCUCCUGGAGCACCGCCACCACUGCGUCGCCUGGCCUGCCACCGAGCUCCCCAUCACACAGCUGACCAGCUCCAUCGUGCGGCGCGUGAAUGAGGCUUCUGGGCUCUACCAGAUGUUCGGUGUGCUGGCCGAUGUCAUCCUGUUGAAGGAGAAUGCCAUGGCCUUUGAGUACCUGGAGGAGUUCCCCAUACAGAUGCUGGCCCAACUGGAGACACUCACAGGGAGGAAGGCAAGGCACGGGCUCUUCGUCAUCAACAUGGAAUAUGGCAGAAAUUUCUCUGGCCCCGACAAGGACGUCUUCUUUGAUGACCGGUCUGUGGGGCACACGGAAGACGCCUGGCAGUCUAACUUCCUCCAUCCGGUCAUCUACUACUACAGAUACCUCCCCACCGAACAGGAGGUGAGGUUCCGCCCUGCACACUGGCCCCUGCCUCGGCCCACAGCCAUCCAUCACAUCGUGGAAGACUUCUUAACAGACUGGACUGCCCCAAUCGGGCACAUCCUUCCUCUGAGGCGCUUCCUGGAGAACUGUUUGGACACCGAUUUGCGAAGCUUCUAUGCAGAGUCCUGCUUCCUGUUCGCCCUCACGCGCCAGAAGCUGCCACCCUUUUGCCAGCAGGGGUACCUGAGGAUGCAGGGACUCAUGGCUCAGCGACUUCUCCUAAGGAGGUUCCUGGCCUCCGUCAUCUCCAGGAAGCCUUCUCAGGGUCGGUGGCCACACCUUACUUCCAGAGCCCUGCAGACCCCACAAUGCAGUCCUGGUGGCCUGACUGUAACACUCAACCCAGCCCGGACAAUAUACACCACCAGGAUCUCCUUGACAACCUUUAAUAUCCAGGAUGGACCUGACUUUCAAGACCGAGUGGUCAACAGUGAGACGCCAGUGGUUGUGGAUUUCCACGCACAGUGUCGGCGGUGCCCACUGUACUGGCCAUGAAGAAUGGGGACGUGGUGGACAAGUUUGUAGGCAUCAAGGAUGAGGAUCAGUUGGAAGCCUUCCUGAAGAAGCUGAUUGGCUGACAAGCAGGGGCGAGUCCUGGUUCCCUUGCCCGCGUGGGACCCCAGUAGAACUCAGCCCUUCCACGCCAGCCCUUCCUGCUGCCUCCCUCCUGUCUGGCCUCUGGGGCCUGUGCUUAGAGCUCGGGCUCCAGCCCUGAGUGCUUCUGAGCUGGUGGACUGCCCAGGGGCCAUCAGAGGAUGGUGCUGCUGCUGAUCCGGGGACCGCCGUCUUCCCUCCCACACGCAUUUCAUCCCUCCCUCUAGGGCCUGUGGCAGUUCUCCCAGGAUGCGUGGAGAGAGCCCGGGCCAGCCCACAGCGUUCCUGGUCAGGCAGCCACACCUUGGUCCUCAUCUCUGGUCCCUUCCGAUCUGAAGCCUCGUGCCUGGCUCAUCUCCACCUGCAUUUCUCUUUCCUGCUGCUGUUUUGGAAAAAGAAAAAGAAAAAAGAAGCCCAAAUUAGUGAGAAUAAUAUCUAAUUCUCUCAUUUUUUGCAGGUCUGUGAUAAAGAACUUAGUCAUCCCUUCCACCUCCUACUGUGAAGAGCAACCCUGGGUCCCACACUGAAAUCCCCUCUAGUCACCCAUCCUCACCCCCCAGGGAGCCCCCUCCCACCUCACCUCCCAGGCAGUGGGGCAGAAAAUGAUUAAUGGGCUGGGGAGCCCUGGAGAACCUUGACUCUGGAAGUCUCGAGGCACCUCCUUCGCUCCUUAGCUGGCCCGUUGGUUUUCUGAGCCGGGGGCUGAACUGUGAACAAGUCAGACCAAUAAAGCAAGGGUCUGCACCAUCUGCAAUGU